CCCUCAGCAUGAUGUCUGACGUGUGCCCGUCUCCUGCCCUGCGGUCUUCUCCUUCAUCUCAGGACUCCUCUCCUCCCCGCCCGGUGCUGGUGUCUGUCAUCAAGGCGGUGUCCCCGACCACCUCCGCCCACACUCCCAUCAAACCGCGCCGGACGCCCUUCUCUGCCACUCCGCUCAGCCCGGUGCCCACCAGCCCGGGCUUCAGCGACUUCAUGGUGUACCCGUGGAGGUGGGGGGAGAACGCACACAACGUCACCCUCAGCCCCGGUCCUCCGGGUAGGCACCAGCUGCCCCCCGCCGAUCCUGGACAAGCCGUCCGUGAUCCCGUCCAUGAUGUUAUCAGCCCCGGUUCGGCGAGGGGGAACAGCGGAGGAAGCGAUGAAGGCUCCCUGAAGGAUGGAAUCAAACGUGGCCGUCCAAGGGCAGAAACGGUUCGAGACUUAAUAAGUGAAGGUGAACACUCUUCGAGCAGGAUCCGGUGUAAUAUAUGCAACAGAGUGUUUCCUCGUGAGAAGUCUUUACAAGCUCAUAAAAGAACACAUACAGGAGAGAGACCUUACCUCUGUGACUAUCCAGACUGUGGGAAAGCCUUUGUACAGAGUGGACAACUAAAGACACAUCAGCGUCUUCAUACCGGAGAGAAGCCAUUUGUUUGCUCUGAAAAUGGUUGUUUGAGCCGUUUUACUCAUGCGAACCGACAUUGCUCUAAGCAUCCAUAUGCAAGACUGAGAAGAGAAGAACCGAAUAGUAAAAGCGGCAAACUACAAGCUGCUGAUAACAAAGAUACAGCAGAAUGGUUGGCAAAGUAA